AUGUUGUUGACUAAGUUGUUUUUCUUCACGGUAUUGUUGCUAGUUCACACUUGUCAUACCGAAGGCACUCUCUAUGCGGUGCGAGGAGGUUGUACCGGUGAUCCCGCAAAAUGGACUACACGUAUUGGCUCCAUGGCUGAAAACGAGGUCAUUGUUGCGUUUCUUCGUGCCCAAGGAAUAGCUUUUGCCGGGAUAGCCGGAUAUGUGCAGAAUGGAAAGAUCUAUUGGGAGGAUGGGUCUCCAGUGAGAUGGAUGCCGCCUGGGUCUGGCCCUUUUUCCACGGCCGACGUUGGGUUUCUUGUGGUGCAAAGCGAUGGUUCAUGGGGCAGUAUGUUGUACGACGUUUUUCCGGAUACACUGUUUGUCUGCACAGAUGGUGAAUUGAUACCGAGCACGACAAUCACAACAUCCACGCAGGCACCGACAGCGAGACCUCGUCCAAUACCUACGGAAGCGCCAGCAGAGACGACUGCCAGUGCUUCCGAGGUUCUUGACGCUCUGGCAACGGCCCUGAGCAAAGCAGGCAGUUUUGAUAUUGUUCCCGGGACAACCAAUUCUGUGGAGGUGCCAGUGCCAAAAACAGUCCUGUUUCAACAGUUAGCAGUGCUUUGUGAGAAUCACAACUACUUUUUUGGUGUAGCCUUCGUGGAUAAAGAGGAUGCUGUGAAAGUGCAAGGAGUUUCCACCUUGAUACGUGGGUCGGGAUCGACUCUGGGAUUUGUAGUACCUUUGGACUUGAUGGAGUCCGGUGCGAAACAUUACAUGAUGCGUGUAGUGGCUGUGAAAAAGUUUGGUACUUUCAUCUACCGAAAAACAAGCGCUAUGAUUAUCAUUCAUUCAAUUCAUGAGGUGCUAAUGAAAGUAAAAGACACUGUUGAGAUCAAUGAAGAGGAUAUGAUGGAUGGUAAGGACGUCAUACGUCCACUGCGUAUCAUAGGGCCGGGGACCGUGGCGCCACAUGCUCUCGAGGUGGCCCCGCUUACUUUUAUGGGUCUUUCCCUCACCCUGAUUAAUAAUCGCAAUGUGGGGAAAACAUGUGCUCCGAGUGCUCUACCCGUCAAUUUUGUUUUUGUAAACGGCAAAUUGGAGUUGUUCCUAACAAAGGAGUAUGUUGCGAGGGUCAAGACGGCUUCGAGAAGUCUCUGCGCUUCCAUAGAUGGCAGGCAUAUUGUUAUUGCGGCAGUUGAAGGGAGGCGGUGGACCUUCACCACCGCCAAUUCCCAAUACGCAUACGGAGAAUCCAUAAAAGUGGUGGCUUCAGGUGCUUCGAUGGUGGCAGUGGCAACCAACAUGUAUUUGGCCUUUCUUUCACGCUCAGCUCGGUGUAGUUCAUUAGACGAUACUUUUCUCUCUUUGGAACUGGAGACAUCGGUUAUUUCUGCAAAAACUUCGGUAUCUUACACGUUACAGGACAACCAGCAGGAAGUCACACUUUAUCUCAAAGCACUUUCGACUGAGAAACGGGUGAGGUACUUGUGUGUUCAACAUAAACCGACAGCGAAAAAAGUUCGGGUUGUUUCUUUAGGGGGAUCGGGCGUGAAGGUUGCAGUUGAUCCAUUUGCGUUGCCUUCUCCUGGUUGGAUAUCCAUUUUUAAUGGAUCGAUUGGGUCGAUUGCGCUGAAGAACGCUCUUUUACCCGCGCAAUCCGAGGAGGAUUUGGAACAUUUCAAUACAAUUUUUCGUCUUAUAAUGCAAAAUUCGCUGUUUGUUCGGUUUGUCUCGUUGCCUCGGGGAGCUGAAUGGACAAGGAAACUACAGAGGUGCCGUGGUGGAACUGCAGGAACUGAACUGGAGUUUGGUGUUAAUGGUGGGGUUCUGCAGAUUAAUAUCCCUUUGUUUUUUUUAAAUUCAUCAGGUAUUCUUUGCUCCGGGAAAGAAUAUCUUCGUGUCGACUAUAUUAUUUAUGAGCCCUCGCAAUGGCUUCAGCGAUUUGGUGACUCCGAUGCUGCAGCGGUUUUUGCCGUGAUUCCGAGUUUGCCAAGCUCCGCUAUAAGGGUUGCAGUUACAAAUUGGGAUGAGUCUGCCCAUUAUGCAAUACGUCUAGCUGUCGAUGGUAAAUGCCGUGUUGGUUUUACGGCUAAUAUUUGGCAGGCUUCGGAUGCAACACACGCUGUAAGUUUUCCGAUGACGGUUCAUGGAGAUUUCACACUCUGUGUGGGGAUCUACACCGAUUUUGGGAGUACUUCAAUGUUUGUGGCCACCGAUCGUAGGGUAUCCUUUAUACCUUAUGAGACGGGUGUAAAAACUUGGGAAAAGGAACAUGAAAUGUUAUCUGGGACAUGGUCGCUGUGUGGAGCAUCUUCCGUAUGCGGUUAUGUGUCUUCACAACCCUUCUUUGAGGUUUGCAGAAGUCAAACGGUGAUGCGGGAGUGGCCUAUCAUUGUUACAGAGAAGUUUUAUUCUCUUGGAAGCUUUAUUGUCAAAUUGCGCGAAAAGGAUCGGAGUUAUCCUGGUGCUCUGGUAAAUGGAAGGGUGUUUAUCAAGCGGGACCAUUUCACAUGCCAAAGUCCUAAGCUAUUAGAGAUGAGUUGGGACGGAGGGGUAUACAGUACAUCAGCUGUGAUUGACCGUGGUCAUUCUGUAGUGACUCUAAAGCCGAAUGUACAACUCGCAGGUGUGAUCCUUGGCUUUGCCUCUUGGGAUACAGGCUGCGUCGCCGAUUCGAUUUGGCAAAAAGUCCUUGUUUCCACUUUAGCCUCUGCCACAGCCACCGUCUCCGUAUUGGAUCUUUUUUCACUAUUGGGAGGUAGCGAGGAUGAUUACUUCGUUGUUUGUAUACUGCAAGACAGUUCAUGGGGAACUGUGUCUCAUACUUAUUUCCACACAGUGACCAGCAGUGAAGACAAUAAAAGCGUCCGUGCGGAUGCCAUUGCGACUUCGAACCCGAGUGAAAACGAAGAACUUAUUUACCUUUGGCAAACGGGAACGGUGGAGUGGAAUGUUUUGGGUUCAUUUCUCCCCAACGUGACGAUGUCGCUUGCGCUUGUCUGGGACAAUUCUUUUUGCCAUGCUUCCCCCGCGUACAUUUCUCCCAUGCGGUACGUUUCUGCGACUAAAUCUCGUGUUCAUGUCGACUCUUCUUUUAUUGCGGCGGCACCCACACCGACAUCUCUAUUGUAUUCGUGCUAUUAUGUGGAGGGGGCACCUGCCAUGCCGCUUCGCAUUGAGCAGCUCCGCAAUCGGCGUAUCACCAUUCAGGAUCUUUCACUUUCUUCCAUCAACUACGUUCCCCACUUCGCGAUUCGGUACAAUACAACGCAAAACACCACUAUUAUUUUUUCUGAUUAUUUGAAACCUCCAAUUACACAAUUGGAGCUUUUUCUUGAGAGUUCACCAGAGGAAGAGGAUGUCGCUGCGGGGUGCUCGCUCACUUCCCCGCGACACUUCUUAUCUUUAAUGGUACAAUUAAAUGAGUUUGGAUUAAGAUAUGUAAGCAUUCCGCCGAGUGUCCCGGCUAUGUUAGGCUCUGCAGGGCGAGAGGUCUACUUGCGUGCGUGUGCUACUGCCUCGAAAAGUGUCAGUCCGCACUUUGUUCAAGUUAGUGCUUAUUUGGUUGUGAAUAGCAUUGGCACAGUCACAGAAUUGAAUCCACUUUCGUUGGAUCUUUUUUUCGUUGUUGCGAAUAAAACUGCUAGUCUUCUUUCACUGGACAAAUGCAAAGACUCAGUGAAACGGUACGUCGCCGAAGUAACAAAUCGGAAUUCUGAUGAAAAAGGGAUUUUGUUAACCGCCAAGGGUGACAACCACUUUGUUCUUUUUAUUGAGCCUACUUUGGGGGUCUCAGGUGAAGAUGCUGCGAAGCAGUUGCGAGCCGUUUACAAGUCGAUUUUGUCAGGGGGGCGCUUGCCCUUGCGUGUUGGUUCUGCAGAUGGGCUUUUGUUUGUUCUUUACUCCGUAGAGGGAGUGCAUCUUCUUAACCAGUCGUCGUACGAUGGAUUCCCGCUUGUUUUUCUUACCGCGGCUGGUGGGGUGGAUCAGGCACCCGCGCAGGAAAUGGUGACGCAGACCGUCAAGAUUUUUUGUGUUGUUAUUUUGCCUGGCGUCGUGGGGUUUGUUGUCUUCUCCCUGCAGCGGACGCUGCCGCGGCUCAACCGGCCACGGUUGGGCAAAGACCGGAAGAAGAAAGGGAACGGCGCGAGUGGCAGUAGAAGUGCCAAAGCGGACCGCGAGUCGUGCGCUACUGUGCCGAACUGCCAAGACGACAAGUCUCCGUCGCCGCGCAUACCGCAGUCGAUGGACACCGACAUGCAAUUCAUCACCAUCACGGCAGAGAAAACGACCGCUGACCCGUUGUACGACUCUGAUUCCGGUGAGGCGCCUACUUCAUUAGGCCGCACACCACCGGCGGUGGGCAAUAAUACUUUUUGCAUGUACGAGGGUGGAUCGAGGGACGUGGGCAGUGAGAGACGUGGCGAUGGGGAAGGGUGA